GCCAUCGUCAUCCACGCGUCUCGCAUGCAACAAAAGCUUGUAGUGUCGACGUAAUCUUCGCUUGCAUUUGUUUUGCUGCACACGAGAAGGUGUACUUCGUACUGGCGACCCGCUUCGACUACGAACCGCGAGCGAUGCACCGCUCCCCGUCGCCGACGCCCUGAAUACCUACACAUCCCUCCCGUCAUACACGGCCCAGAAGCAUGGCGUCCGACUACAAUACUCCCCCGGACUCCGCCCCCCUCGGCUUCAUGCAGCGCCUGAGCCCGACGGUCGCAUACCUAAACCCGGGCCACGUCCCUCAGUCCUCUUCAGACCCGGAAAUGAUCCUGAUGCUUUCCUGGAUGGGCGCGCGAGACGAACACAUCGCCAAGUACAUCGCGCAGUACCGUGCCCUGUUCCCGACAUCGCGCAUCCUUCUCAUUCGGUGUCCGCUGUCCCGAGUAUGGCUGCCGUGGAUCGCCCGCAGGGACAUGCGGCCCGCUCUACCAAUCCUGCGGUCGCUCGCGGAAAAUGGAAAGGACGCUGAGAAGGAGGGCGCCAGCCAAUGGCCACGAAUACUCGUCCAGGUCUUCUCAAACGGCGGCAUCAGCACCGCCGUCCAUCUCAAGCACAUGCUCACGGCGCGGCCGCGCGGUGGCCUCGAGACUCUGCCGCGAUAUGUGCUCGUGUUCGACUCCUGCCCGGGCUACUUUCGCUGGCGCAACACCCACCGUGCGCUUCUGCAGACCCUGCCGUGGUGGACUUCGCCGUUCGUGCACUGCGCCAUCGCAGUCGCCUGCAUCUACCAUGCGUUGCGUCGCCUGCCCGCCGCACAAAACCAGAAUGCAAGAGCCAUCCGUGCGCCACGGCUGGCUUCCCGCGAGUGUCGUCGCACGUAUCUGUACGGCACCGGCGACGACAUGGUCUACUAUCGGGACGUCGAGGACAAUGCACGCAAGGCCGAGGAGGCGGGUUUCGUCGUGAGGCUUGAGCGUUUCGAAGGGGCGAGGCACGUCGCCAUGGCGAGGGCUGAGCCGGAGCGCUACUGGCGCGCCCUGCGCGACGCGUGGGAUGGUGACCGCCACAGCAGCUUUGCCGAAGAAAAUCUGAUAGAGUUGGAUCCAGAGGCGUAAGGAGCAAUAAAUUAAUAGCUUCGGACCAAAAAAAAAGGGGACCCGUAUAAACAAGGACGCGCUGUCUGCAACACGGAUUCCUCCGGGCUGUAUAAUCAAGCAUAAGAGCGCGCGGUU